AUGUCUCAGACUCACAACAUCCUCUUAACCGGCACCUCAGGCUACCUAGGCGGAACCCUCCUGACACACCUCCACGACCAACCCAAGUCCACCCUCCCAUACAACACCCUCUACGCCCUCGUCCGCACCGAGUCCCAAGCGCUCUCCGUGCGUGAAUACGGCGCGACGCCUCUGACCAUCGACCUGAACAAUCCCACGUCAAUCACAACGAGCAUCGUGGAGCACGAAAUCAGCAUCAUCUUCUUCCUCAUCGACGCCUUCCUGCCCCACACGCAGAAAACCAUGAUAUCCGCCCUGGAAACAGUCAGGAGGAAGACAGGGAGAAACGUGCACUUCCUGCAUACGACGGGCGCGAAGGCGUUUAGCUCGCAUGUGGGUAUCGCUCAAGAGCUGAGCGAUACGGAUGAGCUGUAUGAGAUCCAGCGGAGCACCAAUGCGCCGCGGGAGUAUAGCUGGUUUAGCCAGAUCGCGCGCACGAACGCGGAUAUCAUUGAUGCUGCGGAGGAACACGGUGUGCUCAGCUACAUCUUCGCGCCGUGUAUUGUCUACGGUGAGGGGACGGGGUACGGCAAUAAGAUCUCGAUCCAGGAUGUGGCGGUCGUGAAGGCUGCGAGGGCCGCGGGGCGGGUGUAUAAAGUUGACGCGGGCAAGCCGGUCUGGCCCGUCUCGCACAUCCACGACACGACGACGCUGUACGCGCAGAUCCUGCGGUCUAUCCUGUGUGGUGUGGAAAUACCACAUGGCCGGGAUGGCUUCUACCUUGCUUCUUCGGGGUGUGUAGCUUGGGAUGAUAUUUAUAGUGCCUUUGCGGGGGUGCUGUAUAAGCGCGGUGUUAUUGAUGAUGCUGUUGUUGAGAUGGCGGAUGGGGAGGCGUUGGGGAGGAUGGGCGCUGGCCUGGAUUUGAGGAAUGGUGGUGUCGCUGUGCAGCUUGGUGGUAGCUGUCAUUUUGCAGCUGUCAAUGGAAGCAGGAUUGGUUGGAGGCCUGAGUAUCCGCCGGAGCAUAUUCUGGAGGCUGCAGAUCAGGAGGUCGACUUGAUUUUGGGGACGCUGGAUGGUUGA